CAACCCCUCCUACACCCCACACACCCCCUCCUACACCAUGCAGGUACACUUACUAGGAAUGAACGCAGUGUUAUUUUGGUACAAGUUAGUGGGUGGACUGCCCUAUACCUGGCCUGGUGGUCCGAAUCUAAAAAACGACACCCUGGUCACUGUAGACACGAUCAAGGACAUCAAGAGGGAUAAGCUGUGGAUGGUUUGGACAUUAGUGUUUGGAUUCUUCAUUGCAGCUUAUUUUUCCUACGGUGGAUUACAGAUUAUGGAUAUAUUUGACGAAUGUGCUACGACUUUUACGGUGAUUUUGAAAGUUGAGGAUUUUAUUGGAAUGAUGACGACGAUUUUAUUAAGAAUCCAUAUGAUUGGUCAGGCUAAACGUUUGGCUGAUGCUUGUUCACGGAUGCAUAUACUCUGUAACACGCAUGGUUUUAAGGGUAAUCCGUAUUAUUCUGAUAAGUAUAUUCUGACUGUGGCUGGGCAUCAUCUGAUUGGCUUUAUGUGUAUAUGUUAUGGGAAUGUUAGUAUGGCCGUGGCAGAAGGAACAAUCCAUUACUUCAGAAUCGCAAAUUUGUUUGAGGCAACAGUGAAACCUUUGGUAUUUAAUUUGUCCAUGAUGAUGUAUUCUCAUCUAAUUAACCUUCAAGCUAAAAUCUACAGUCAAUUCCUCGAUUAUGUAGCUGAGGAUGACGACCAAACAUCACCAAUACCACCUCAGAUAGCAAACUGGACCACCUCACCUGCCAGAAUGACCAGAGGGACGACCAGAGGGACGACUCGUGUCAACACCAUCAUCCAACUACCUCAAAACACCGCUACUUACCCGACAUACACCAUUAACACAGAUAAAGCUAAAAUCUUACUGUUUGACCUCUACGAUUCACAUCAAUAUAUCAAAGGUUAUUUCCAGUUCAUGGUAGGACUUGGUCUUCUCCACUCUACCAUUAGUUCCAUCGUGAGCUGUUUCCUGGCUGCCAUAGCUGAGAGGAAGACGUUCCCAGAAUAUGUAGCGACUGUCGGGCUAUUGUUGAUGACCCUCUUCCCACCAUUUUUCUUAACUAAUGUUCCUCGAGCGCUAAACAUUCAGAGAGAAGAGCUCAGGGUGGUCAUCAAGCGAAUGCGUCAUGACAAGAGGGUGACUCAUAAGAAAGACGAGAUGGGUGACCUACUCGAACUUCUAGAGGAAGACCCAGGGUUCGACAUGGGAGGAUUCUUCACCCUUGGUAGAGCCAGGAUGGUUGACAUCCUGAGUUUCGUCGCUACAUACAUGGUCAUCCUGUUACAGUUCAAGGUUACAGAAAAUAAACCUGACAACCCAUUAUGUAUCAAUGGUACAGUGGCUGUUGGUACCCUGCCAUCUGAGUAGCUGUAAUGUACUGUAUUGGUGUGGAUAAGAGGCUGUACUGGUGUGGGUAUGAGGCUGUAAUGUACUGUAUUGGUGUGGAUAAGAGGCUGUAAUGUACUGUACUGGUGUGGAUAAGAGCCUGUAUUUGUGUGUGUAAGAGGCUGUACUGGUGUGGGUAUGAGGCUGUAAUGUACUGUACUGGUGUGGAUAAGAGGCUGUAAUGUACUGUACUGGUGUGGAUAAGAGGCUGUAAUGUACUGUAUUGGUGUGGAUAAGAGGCUGUAAUGUACUGUAUUGGUGUGGAUAAGGUGCUGUAAUGUACUGUACUGGUGUGGAUAAGAGGCUGUAAUGUAUUGGUGUGGAUAAGGUGCUGUAAUGUGCUGUAUUGGUGUGGAUAAGGUGCUGUAAUGUACUGUACUGGUGUGGAUAAGAGGCUGUAAUGUACUGUACUGGUGUGGAUAAGAGCCUGUAUUUGUGUGGAUAAGAGGCUGUACUGGUGUGGGUAUGAGGCUGUAAUGUGCUGUACUGGUGUGGAUAAGAGGCUGUAAUGUGCUGUAAUUAAUUAUACUGUAAUCAUUCUGCUUCAUUUACACACAGUUACAGGUCCUAAUUGCUUAUCUUAAUUUGAUAACACAAGUUUUUCUCACUUAUUUCCAUUUGUAUAUUUCUAAGAUAGU